AUGGCUGCAAACCAUGUACGGCUGUUAAAUAAAGUGUACGUUUUCUUAUUGUUAGUACUAGCUUGUGUCUCGGCGUUUUUAAACUUGGAAGAAUUGAACGAGAUGAAAUAUGAGCUCAAGAUUCUUCCUGAUCCUGUCAUCAUGGGCCAGACCAAGACGGACGAGGUCAUGAUGGUGUCCAGCAAGUACAAACAGCUGUAUGAAUGUCGACUUCCAGCCCAGGCGGUCCGCUUUCACCAGGACUCUGUGUCCGAUCCUGAUUCUCAAGGGUACACAGGGCCGGAAAUCCCUGAUCUACUUAGCCCCAUGCGAGAGUCCCCCUGUCUUGUGUUGACAAAAGAUUGGUGGACAUAUGAGUUCUGCUAUACUCAGCAUAUCAGACAGUACCACCUUGAAGAUUCCGAAAUCAAAGGAGACGUUCUCUUCCUGGGCUAUUAUGAGACUGAAUUUGACUGGAGCAAUGAAACCGCAAAGACGUCAAAACAGCACAGACUAAAACGCUUCCACAGUCAGACCUAUGUAAAUGGCUCUAAGUGUGACAUCAAUGGGAAUCCCAGGGAGGCUGAAGUUCGGUUUGUAUGUGAAGAGGGUUCGGGUGACUACAUCGCGCGAGUGGAUGAGCCACAGUCAUGCCGUUACGUGCUGUCCAUUCAUACAAGUCGCACGUGCCAGCAUCCUUUACUGAGCCCUCCAUCCACUGCCAAGCCCCAGGGGAUCGUAUGCCAGCCGGCACUAAAUUCACAACAGUACAUGGACUAUGUCAAAGCUCAAGUCUCGGACACAAAGCGUAAAGUGGAGCAAAUCUCUGAGGAGUUGAGGAGCAUUGAUGAGAUGUUGGCUGGGAAUGAGGAGGCAGCGGUGGACGUAACCGUAGAAGAAAGCUCUCCAGAUGCCAUCAAUGAUCAGGACACGUUUCACAAGAAAGAUACUACUGACAUGUCUGAGGAUGUAGAGUCAGAAGACCUAGUGGAUUCUCAGAUAUUAGAGGGAAAUACGAAACCAGGGACUUCAAAAACAAGCACUUCCCAUGAUGACAGCGAGCAGGCAGAUGAUGAUGGCUUAAAUUCAGUCGUAGAAAAUGAAGUCAUAGAUGAUGGAAAUGAAGCCGAAAAUUUCAACUUUAAGAUCAUCACUGACCCAUCAGACCUAAUGAAAUUUGUCCAGCAUCUCAAGGAGAGUAACAGAAAGAAAGCACAAAAACAUGCAAACAAAGAAGCCGAGAAAAGCGGAUCCAUAAAGAGCCGAAAAGAUGACAGCGAGGAUGAUGAUGAUGAACGGCUCCUUCAGGAGUUUGAAGAUGAAAUGGCGGACAUCUCUUUACCAGUUGAUAAGACUAACGAGAUUAAGGAAACGAUGCAAAACGAGUUUGAUAACAUCAUAAAUGAGGCACAGCAAGAAUUGGAGACAGAAGGGCUGAAGGGGGAGUUUGAUCGCACUCAGGCGACACAGGCACUGGAGACGACGCUCGAUAAGCUUCUUGAUCAUUUGGAGGGGAAAGAGGAGCAAGAACCUAAGCAGCAAACGACAGGGGCACCAAAGGCAAACGACCCAGCACGGGGAAGUCCCAGCCUGGUUCCAAGGAAGCCCGACCAAGAUGCUGAUGAUGACCGUGUUAAGAUCAAAAUUACUAAGUAUAAGACAGGCAGCAGCUCUGGUGGGGAGUUCAAAGUACAGGAGUUGGGAAAAGGAGAUCCGCAAUGGCAGCACAUUAAGGACGUGGUUAAAGAACAGCUAGAGAAAGCAGGACUGAAGGCCGAAGGUAAAAUUGAAGUAAAAAUCUUGACGCGAAAGCAUGCAGAUGAGACAGGUGAUCAGUGGCUGACUGAGGAAGACACAAAAUCAUUCCGAGAGCUCCUCAUAAACCUGCUGACUGGAGGAACGGAAGAAGUUCACAAAGAGCAAAAGAGACAACAGGAGCUAGAGAACAACUAUAGGUUUGUUUGGGGCGAGGGCCAAGAGGAUUCACAGUCUUCCAGCAACUCUGAUUCAGACGACGUGGAUUUGUGA